AUGUUUGCAGCGUUGAGUGAUGAACGAGCGACGUGGAAGAUAGCCUCCAGGCUAGAAAAGCGUUCACUUUUGUUAUCGGUCAACUGUCUCGUUGGGCUUGCAAUAUUUUUCUUUGCUUAUGACCAGGGCAUGAUGCGCGGAGUCAACGAUUCUCAUGCCUACGUGCACCGAAUGGGAUUAGGAUAUGAGAGCAAUGGUUCCAUAACCGUAACAAAUACCUUAUUGCAAGGUGGUAUUGUGUCAGUUUACUAUCUUGGGACUUUGGUUGGAUGCUUCAUGGGCGGUUAUGUCAGUGAUCGCUACGGUCGCAUUAAGUUGUUCGCUUUCGGGGCUGCUUGGGGGAUAAUUGGAGCCGUGCUUCAAUGCACGGCGAUGAACCCGAGCUGGAUGAUCAUAUCGCGUCUUAUUAACGGAAUUGGUACCGGAAUUCUCAACGCUACUGUACCAGUUUAUGGUUCUGAGCUUGCUGACUAUGAGUCCCGUGGAAUGUUUAUCGCCAUGGAAUUCACAUUGAACAUCGUCGGUGUGGAGGUAGCCUAUUGGCUAGGAUUUGGAGUCAGCUACAUCAAGCACGGGAAUUCCGAGUUUCAAUGGCGUUUUCCCAUUGCUUUUCAUAUUUUCAUGCUUCUUUUCCUCAUCAUCGGAUGCUGGUUCUUCCCCGAGUCACCUCGCUGGCUUUGCAUGAUAGGUCGGCGGGAUGAGGCACUUUAUGUCCUUCAGCGUCUUCGGGGAACCGGGAACGAGCGUGCCAUCAGACUCGAGAUGAGUGAGAUCGAAGCCAUGGUUGAAUUAGAGGCAGACUCCGAGGCGAACAUCACCUAUUUUCAGAUGUUAUUUGGGACUGGUCAGGGAGAUUUGCACGUUGCGCGACGUGUCCAACUCGUGAUUUGGCUACAGAUUCUCCAAUGCUGGUCUGGAAUCGCUGGGGUUACCAUGUAUGCACCAACUAUCUUCAAAAUCGCCGGCUUCGGUUCUCGAAAGACCAUGUGGAUCUCGGGACUGAAUGACAUAUUUUAUGCGUUUGCAACACUGAUCUGUGUCUUCACUUUGGAUCGGAUCGGUCGGCGCUGGAAACUAUGGUGGGGAGCAGCAGGUCAAUCAGCCGCUAUGUUGCUCGCAGGGGUUUAUCUUUAUACAUUCGUCUUCGGUGCUACGUGGCUUACUGUCCCAUGGCUGUAUCCGGCGGAAAUAUUCCCACUGAAGGUGGGAGCCAAAGGCAACGCUUGGGGUGUUGUCGGUUGGAGUUUGGGUAAUGGGUCCUUAACACUGCCCCUCCCCUUCGUCUUCGCUGCUAUUGGAGAAAACACACUGCAUGUAUUUGGUGCAGUCAAUCUUAUCAGCAUUCCUAUUGUAUGGGCUUUCUAUCCUGAAUCCAGCCAGCGUACACAAGAGGAAAUCGAUAUGUUGUUCACUUCAAAGUCCCCAUUUGCUUGGGAUGCAGAGUCCAAUUUCGCCAGACUAAUGGCUGAAACCCCAAAUUCAGGUACCGCUCGUACUCAAAACCGUAUUCACGAUGAUGCUGAAAAAGAACUUUAUGUUCACUUUCAGCACGAUGAGGGAGUGUCUGGAAAAUGA